AUGACGAACCACGACAUAUUGCUCGGGCAAGACACGAAUAGCUCUCUCGCCCAAAACCUCGGUCUAGAGAUAGUUCAGGCCCAUGACCAAGAAACCCAUUUAGCUGAAUACGAGCCGAACCUCCCGACAGACAACAAACCCGAGCUUGACAUGUCCGAUCCCGACGAGAUGUCGCACGAGCUCGACGAGAACAUGGAGCUUGCCGUGAUCCAGCACGACGACCCACUGGACCUCGACUCGAACCCGAUCCACGAAACAGGCCUCCACUACUCGUCCCUCAUUCUCACCCCUUCUCACGUCCUUCAGCAGCGGGCCCUUGUAGCGGGCCCAAACUUCGAACUUCACGUGGGCCAAGAGUUUGCUGACGCCAAGGCCUGCCGUCGGGCCCUUCGCGACACAGCCAUAGCCCUCCACUUCGAAAUGCAGACCAUCAAAUCCGACAAAACCCGGUUCACCGCCAAAUGUGCAGCCGAUAACUGCCCGUGGCGAAUCCAUGCCGCUAAACUCCCCGGUGUCCCCACCUUCACGAUCCGAACCAUUAACGAAGCCCAUAAUUGUGGAGGCAUAGCCCACCUCGGCCACCAGCAGGCCUCCGUCCAAUGGGUCGCCAACUCAGUCGAGCAGCGCCUCCUUGAGAACCCUAACUACAAACCCAAAGAAAUCCUCGAAGAAAUUCACCGAACACACGGCAUAACCCUCUCGUACAAGCAAGCGUGGAGAGGGAAAGAGCGAAUCAUGGCCGCCAUGCGCGGCUCGUUCGAGGAAGGUUAUCGGUUACUCCCACAGUAUUGCGAACAGAUCAGACGGACUAACCCGGGGAGCAUAGCCUCGGUUUAUGGGAACCCGGAGGAUAAUUCCUUCCAGCGUCUUUUUAUAUCCUUCCAUGCCUCGAUAUACGGGUUUUUAAACGCGUGCCGUGCGCUACUCGGGCUGGACCGAACGUAUCUGAAGAGUAAGUACUUAGGGACUUUGCUUCUCGCGACGGGGUUCGAUGGGGACGGAGGGCUUUUCCCAUUAGCGUUUGGCGUGGUGGACGAGGAGAGUGACGAGAACUGGAUGUGGUUUCUCUCGGAGCUACACGGUUUGUUAGAGGCCAACACGGAGAACAUGCCGAGACUUACGAUUCUUUCGGACAGGCAGAAAGGGAUCGUGGAAGGAGUGGAGGCGAACUUCCCGACUGCUUUUCACGGAUUCUGCAUGCGCCACCUCAGCGAGAGCUUCCGGAAGGAGUUCAAUAACAAUCCGACGCUCGUCGGCCUCCUCUGGGAUGCAGCACACGCCUUAACCGUGAUCGAGUUGGAAGCCAAAAUCCUCGAAAUCGAGGAGAUAUCGCAAGACGCUGCUUACUGGAUCCGUCGGGUUCCGGCUCGUUUAUGGGCCACAGCUUACUUCGAAGGAGCGAGAUUCGGCCACCUAACGGCGAACCUGCUCGACUCGUUAAACUCGUGGAUAUUAGAGGCAUCGGGUCUUCCCAUCAUCCAGUUGAUGGAGUGCAUCAGACGACAACUCAUGACUUGGUUCAACGAGCGGAGAGAAACGAGCAUGCAGUGGACUUCGAUCCUCGUCCCGAGCGCCGAGCGCCGGGUAGCCGAGGCUCUCGAGCGGGCCCGCACAUAUCAAGUUCUGCGUGCGAACGAGGCAGAGUUUGAAGUAAUAUCUCACGAGGGGACUCAUAUUGUGGAUAUACGAAACAGGUGCUGUAUGUGUAGGGGUUGGGAGCUGUAUGGGCUGCCGUGCGCUCACGCGGUGGCUGCUCUGCUGUCGUGCAGGCAAAACGUGCACAGGUUUACAGAGAGCUGUUUCACGGUGGCUGCUUACCGGAAAACGUAUUCCGAGACUAUACAUCCGGUGCCGGACAAGACGAUGUGGAAGGAAGUGGAUGAGUCGGUGGGAGUGAUUGUUAUAAACCCGCCAAAGUCGCUGAGGCCGGCCGGAAGGCCGAGGAAGAAGCGUGUGAGAGCGGAGGAUCGAGGCCGGAUGAAGAGGGUCGUGCACUGUAGCCGUUGCAAUCAAACAGGGCAUUUUAGGACGACCUGUGCCGCACCCAUAUGA